AAUAUUCUGGACUCCACUUUCAAUCGUAUUUUUCCUUGCUUUUCUGUAGAUGGCCCUGAUCUGCAUAAUGCUGCUGGCUUCUCCCCACCCUCGAGCCCAAACCCAACCAAGAAGAGCAGCUCCAUCACCUGGUCCUUCCCAGACAAGAUCAAGUCCCCACGCACUGUCAGGAAGAUCUCCAUGAAGAUGAAGAAGCUUCCGGAGCUCAGCCGGAAACUCAGCGUCAAGGGAACCCUGACUAGCAACCAGUUAGAGCCAAGAGCUCAUUCUCCACGAAACAACGGCAACGGGUCUGACGCUGUCCUCCAGACUUCAGGACCUCCUCGAUUAGCGGCGUCUGGAGGCGGCCAUGCGAGUCGAAACGUGAUUUCCCGCUACCACCUGGACAGCAGCGUGUCCACCCAGCACAGCUUUAGCAAGAAAAAGAGUAACGGCAGCUCAAAGUCUGCCAGCAAAGGUGGCUACCUCAGUGAUGGGGACUCACCGGAGCUGGUGGCCAAAUCUGGCAAGCACGGCUCUGCAGAGGGGAAGGGAGGGAAAGGCAAGGACACGGAAGGAGGCGGCAGCUCCAAAACCAAUGGCUCUGAGCUGGACAUUGACGCUUUCCGCCAUUACAGCUUCACAGAGCAGCCCAAGUGCAGCCAGUACAUCUCCGGACUCAUGAGCCUGCACUUCUACGGCGCCGAGGACCUCAAACCCCCUCGCAUUGACUCUCGAGAUGUUUACUGUGCCAUCCAAGUGGACUCGGUUAAUAAGGCUCGAACCGCUCUCCUCACAUGCCGAACAACCUUCCUGGACAUGGACCACACCUUCAACAUCGAGCUGGAAAACGCCCAGCACCUGAAGCUGGUGGUGUUCAGCUGGGAGCCCACGCCGAGGCGCAACCGCGUGUGCUGCCACGGCACGGUGGUGCUGCCCGCGCUCUUCCGGGUGACGCGCUCCCACCAGCUGGCCGUGAAGCUGGAGCCGCGCGGGCUGAUCUACGUCAAGCUGAGCCUGAUGGAGCAGUGGCAGAACUCUCUGGACGGCGGGCCCGACGGAGACAGGGAGCCCCAGGUGUUCGGUGUGGAGGCUUGGAAGGUGGUGGAGAGGGAGAACACGGGACUGAUGGUGCCGCUGCUCAUAAGCAAGUGCAUCAAUGAGAUCGAGAAGAGAGGCUGCCAGGUUGUGGGUCUCUACCGUCUUUGUGGGUCUGCGGCUGUGAAGAAGGAGCUACGGGAGGCGUUCGAGAGAGACAGUCACGCUGUGGAGCUCUGUGAAAACACGUACCCCGAUAUCAACGUCAUCACAGGCGUGUUGAAGGACUACCUGCGGGAGCUGCCCCACCCGCUGAUCACCAAGCAGCUGUACGAGGCCGUGCUGGAGUCCAUGGGCGCCCGGCCGCUGCGCAUGGGGGCGGCGGGCUGCGAGAACGAGCAGGCCGACGCCGAGCACACCGUGGGGCUGCUGGAGCACCUGCCGGAGGUGGAGAGGGUGACGCUGAAGAAGCUUCUCGACCACUUGAAGCUCGUCGCCUCCUACCAGGACGUCAACAAGAUGACCUGCCAGAACCUGGCCGUGUGCUUCGGCCCGGUGCUGCUCAGCCAGCGCCAGGAGGCGUCCUCGCACUCCAACCGCGUCUUCAUCGACUCCGAGGAGCUGGCCAGCGCCCUGCACUUCAAAAAGCACAUCGAGGUGCUGCACUACCUGCUGCAGCUGUGGCCAGUUGUGGACCUGUAUGCCCAGUUCUCCGGACCCCAGACUCCUGCAGCCUCGCUGGACGUGUCGGCGCCCAUACGACGGAGAAAAGAGCGCCCACAGGUCCUGAACUUCACUGAGGCAGAGAUGGCGGGUGUUCUGAGGCCCAAAGCGGGACGCCUGGACAGCCCCAGCAACCGCUACGCUGGGGACUGGAGCGGCUGCGGCGACAGCUACUUCCAUUCGGAAAUGACUCUGCCUCCGAGCAAAGAGGAGGCGGACUACGACGACGUGCCCUCGGAGGACGCGGAAGCAGCCGAGGAAGUGCAGGAGAAGCCAGAGGACGCAGAGGGCGACGGGGGCCAGGAGGCCACGAGCCCGAAUCCUGCUGAGCAGGAGCCGCUUCCGAAGGACGAGGCGCUGAUGGAGAAGGAGAACGAGGAGCAGGAACAGCGCGACGACAGGCGGCCGUUAAAGGACGAGAAGGACGAGAGGCCGUGUGAGCACAUCCUGCCCCCGCGGCUGCCCAAAGAGCACACCUACCAGGCCUACAUGAAGAUCCAGGACAUCAGCCCCGUGCUGGGCAACAGGGUCAACCUGAGAGACCUGCAGGAGAGCAUCGACACGCUGAUCGGGAACCUGGAGCGAGAGCUCAACAAGAACAAGCUCAACGUCGGCUACUGACUCCUAGUCCGCACUCAUCCUCUCACACGCGGUCCUGAAGCCCGAUGAGGUUCGAGGGGAGACUUUCACUGAUCGAGGUGCUUCAUGAUAGAGCCUCGUGUUUCCAAGGUGAUCCAGUGAUGUCACCGUGGCAACGUGGCCUACAGUGCUGCUGUAAAGAUGACGAGAUGAGUACUAAUGCAACAGGGCACUUCCAGCAUUUGCAUCUUACCCACACACAUUCCUAAUGUUUUUAUUCUGCUUUGAUUACGUCGACUCGUCUUUGUGUUGUUAUUUCAGUCUGAUUCAGUGUUUCAUGUUGUUAAUGUUGCUUCUCUUCUUAUUAGAAGAACCCAUUGACCCCUCAGGGGUAUUAAGGUGCCUUAAUUGUGUGAAGGUGGUACGUCAAGAUGAGAAUCCACCCUGGAAUAAAAUGCACCCCCUGCUGUGAAUUUCAGUAAACCAGUUGUAAAAGUGUUCAUAGCAGAGCGUUCCCACUAAGUACUGGCAGCGUCUGAAGCCCUUCUGGUCAUCGCCCACAUCUGCUCAGAGGUACGAGGAGUCUGGCAUCGUUCAGCCCCUCAAGAAGGACCGGUUCCCAACAAAAAUGCACAGCAAUUUAAUUAGUAAAAAUGUGCAAAGGAAACAAAACUUUUAUUGCUUUUUUGAGCUUCUUCUUGCUUUUUUAGAAAUUGAUGAGUAGACAUUGAGCCAUAAGUGGAGUUUGUUGUGUUUCAGGGUGGAUUCUCUGUUUAAGGCAGCAGAGAGCUUCUCUAGUGAGGUACGAAACACUAAAUGUUGUACAACAGUAAUGCACUUAUGAGGCAGGCUCAGCGUCGCUCGUCAUUACAGUGGAUGGGGUAGAGAAAUACUCUGAACCGAGGGAGAAGAAGCUGCAGUGGGUUGAAACGCGCACACGCACGCACACACACACACACACACUCACGCACACGCACACACACACACACACACACACACACACACACACACACGCACACACACACACACACACCUGUCAGAGCUGGAUAUAAGAGGAAGAAACUCUUAUCUAAGAUUGCAGAUGUGGAGUUGAGAUAAAGUUCAUCUCGAGCCUCCAACUCAAAAAAGGGCCAACACGUAUUUCAUGUGGCGUCAUAUUCAAUUUAGACUUAAAGACACAUUUGACAUCUCGGGAAAUACACCCACGCUCCUUCCUGCCAAGAGUGAGAUGAGACGACUGAUACCACGUUAACAUCUAAUCAUUAUCACAGUGUGGAGGCUGAAAACGGGGAAAAGUUCAGCUCAGCUCUGUUUGAAGGUAGAAAAGUUCUCAAUUCACGGCUCAAUUCACACUGUCUAAUAUGUGGAGUCAAUGGCGUCGCAGACUCUUUCACUGCCUUGGCAGAAGAAGUGAAGCGUCUCAGCGCGUUCAUUGAUUUCUUCACACGCCCACCACGCCGUCACCUCUUCGCUUCUUCCGGCUUGUGGCAAAACCGUGAAUUAAGCGCAACCCAAAUGUGAAGCACAACUUGUCAAAAGCGGCGGCGGAAGCCGUCGCGGGAGCUUCAGUACGACUCGGCCACAGCAGCUGCCUGAGUGGACAAAGGGCAGGGAUUCAGAAUGAGCAGUAUUUAACCUAUAUGUAUAUGUACAUAAUUAUAUAAAUGUAUUCGGAGUAUAUUAUUUUUACAGCUUUUCAUUCAGUGGCGUAUUUAAAUACUUCCAAUGACCUCGUAGUGUGAAAUUGUAGCAAUAGUUGCUUUGCCUCCCUUCGAGCUACCUGUACACAUUUAAAUGUGCUGGACUAAUGAUACAACUUCAUGAACUUUUGUGCGCUCUCGCAGAAAAACGUGAUGCUGUUAUUUUUGUUAUAUUGUGUAUAUAUUUGAGAAUGCUUCGUGUCUCUGGUGGACUAAGCUGUGUUCAUGAUUUUUGGUGUGUGUGUGUUUUUUAAGGGUCCUGAACGUCGCAUGGUCAGAAGCUUUACAGACUUAAACACGGCUCUUUCUCAUCUGCCCUUUGAUAUUUAUGUGGUGACUUGGUGAUGUUCGCUUGUCACACGAUUACAUCGCUCCGCUUCUUCAGAGGACGCAGACGCAGACAGAGAUGUUCAGAAUCCAUAGACCAGGGUUUGGUUGUUUCUUAUGAGACAAAGUACAGGAGCAGGUUCCUAAAACCUAGAAGCUUAAACUAUGAAUUAGUCUAAAAAUGUCCUUAUUUCAGGAGCAAAUGGAUGAAAAUGUCUUAACCCAGUUCAGCAUCUAACAUUUAUGUGAAACACAGCAGAAUUCUGCUCCUCGGCUCCUUUCAAACCCUCAGGCAUCAAAAGCACAAACAGCUUCUGGCUGCCUUUUCAAUGACUUGAAAUGAAAUUUUGAGAUGAAAUUGCAUUGCUGUAACGUGUCUGUCUGCUCCUCUCUGUCCUUUGGAGACGAGUCGUCGCCUGCAAAGCGUCACUAAGCAAAACGGCAAACUGCUUUGUAUCAGUCCUGAGAAACGUACGGUCAUAAUAAUAAAGUAUAUUAUUUUACAGUUCA